GUGAGUGCCAUAGGUUCACACCAAUACAAGCCUCUCUCUCUCUCUCUCUCUCUCCGUAUUUUUCGAUAAGCCAUGGGAGGAGGCAACGGGCAAAAAUCGAGGAUGGCUCGCGAGAGAAACAUGGAGAAGAACAAAGCUGCCAAGGGAAGUCAGCUCGAAGCCAACAAGAAAGCCAUGUCCAUCCAGUGCAAGGUGUGCAUGCAGACGUUUAUAUGCACAACGUCGGAGGUGAAAUGCAGAGAACAUGCGGAGGCAAAGCAUCCUAAAUCCGAUCUCUACACCUGUUUCCCUCAUCUCAACAAAUAAAACUUUUUUUUUCACCGCAUUUUAUUUUAUUUCUACCGUUGGUAAAUAAAAUAUAAAUCCGCUUUUUACCGAAAGGACAGAACCCUAUGUCGUCUGGUUUCUCAGCUUUUUCUUUAAAACCUACGAUGAUAUUUGCCUUGUUUGACUAUGUUGACCAUUUCCUCGAACCUUGUAUUGUAAUGUUGGAAAGAUAAUAAAUGCAAUAAUAAUAAAUUAAUUUACA